AGGAUCGCAACUCUGCACAGCGAAUCGUGGCCCCUUAGACAUUGUACUGAAAGCAGAAGUAUAUAAUUACAAGUAUGCAUAUUUUGUAUGUUUCACUAGUUGAGUUAGGGUUGUAUGUGUUGGGCUGUAAUAAUGCGCAUGCAAUAUCUCCCCGAUAUCGAAGGGCUGAUUGAGUAAUCAUCGAUGAUGUAUGUCGAGCCGCAUGGUGCAUAAGUGUAUCUCAUGUUACAUUAGAUCCAAGGUCCAUUUCCAUCCAUAUUCCACAUUAAUGUCUAAGUUCUCGUCACGAUAUGGCUGAAAUAUGGCCGAUGUGACGUUAAUGUUUUACUCACUCACUCACUCAUUAAAAGGUCUAGUUGACAGGUGUUUGAUGUGUACAAAUCACGUAGAUGAACCAUGUCCCUAUUGCAUUCAUGAUUACUGCUACCGUUAAUGCAGAUCAGACAUCAUAUCAUUGUUUAUGUGAUUAACACAUAUACAUGUUUUCAUAACAAAAGUACGCGACAGUUAACAAUUAUAUAUAUAUCGAAGUGUUUAUUCAUGGCACUCAAAGUAUGCAGUGAAUACGACAAUACAACAUGUUGUCGUCACAAUUUGUUGUAAAUCUGUUGUAGAGUUGCGUCCCUUAGAUGACGAUAUGGUGAUAUAUGGGACGGGUGAAAUGAGUGUCUUGACAUGUGCUAGUAGUGUGUGGGGGAGUGCAGGGGUACAAACCUUCGCUCUUCACGAUUCAUUACACCGAUACAAAGUGUGAAGUCCAUUUCGGAUGGUUGUCGCCUUGAAAUUGCUGCAAUAUUGCUAAAAGCGGCAUAAAAAAAACAUAUUCAUUCACUCUGGAAUUAUGCCCCCAGAAGAUAAACAAGAGCGAAGGAAGAUGUGAAUGCUGCAUAUGAAAAUCGUCGCAAACUGUUAAAUCCAUAGACAUUGAGUAGGAAAGGUCCAUACUCUUAUGAAGUCACCUAAAACGAAAGUCUAUUCGAAUUCUGAAUUGUUAAACACAAAACUCACUACUAAGUUCAUUUUCUUUGGAAAGCAGAUGACGAUUCAGAAAGGUAGAUCAGGUGCACAGGCUCUUUCAUUUACAGGCCGUCGCCAUGUAAAAAGAAUAUGGCUGAACAAAAAAAGGCGAAACAUGAAACCCCACACUAGUGCAACAUGUACCACGCACUCACAAACAAGUAAUCUCUUUGCCUUCGAUACAGGUCAAUGCUGAUGACACUUAUCAUUGAAGUUGUUGGAACGUUUCCAAGAUGUGCAUCAGAGAUAUAUAUUGCCCUGAAUAUGUCAAUAACAAGUGGACAACGUUGAUAUGUGUGACUCACAAGACUUUAACUGUAGGACAUGCUGCCUCAGCUACAAGUGUACAAUCUAGGUAUACACAAGUGCUGUACGUGUGGUCUAUAUUUAUACAUGACUUCACGACUGUGUACUGUCGCCAUUCAUUCAAGGCUGGGAGCAAUACACACCUCUGCUUGGUUGACAAUGUGAUACUUUUGCCACGAAUCAAACUUAUAGAGUCUUUAUUCCAUCCAUUUCAAGGUCGACGUUGUCCUGGAUCUCUGUCUUACGAGCUUAUUGUGCUUUACAGAUGCCAUGACACUGCAACCCUGGCUUGUUGUCGCAGUGUGUUUCAGUUCAGUGUUCGGAUUUUCUUUGGUACAUGGAAGUGAGGUUUGCCACGAGAGAUGUUCCUAUUGUGUGGGGACGAAGUGUCGGGAAUGCCUCUACGGCUGGUAUGGACGCGAUUGUAAUGAAAAAUGUAGUGAGUUUUGCUGGCAUGGUGGAUGUGAGAGGAUAACAGGACGGUGUCACCAGUGUGUUCCUGGGAGACACUCUGGCUACUGCAACCAACUCUGCUCACACCACUGCAGGGAGAAUAGCAAGGGUCAGGUCAACUGUGACUUAUCAACUGGAAACUGUUUGGAGGAAUGUGCUGAAGGAAGAUGGGGUCCACGAUGCCAGCACAGAUGUCAUGCAAAUUGCAAAGAAGGUCUUUGCUACAAAGAAGAUGGAGGAUGUUUGAAAGGCUGCCUUGAUGGAUGGCACGGCGUUAAAUGUAAUAACCGCUGUUCAGUCCGAUGUCUCAACAUCACGUGUCACUGGUUAACUGGUAAAUGCACACAUGGAUGUAUCAAAGGUUUUACUGGCUCAAAAUGUUCCCAUCCACACACAAGACACUGUGUGGACCCUGAGGCAUAUCACACAGACGAUCAGUCCGUGGUGUGCGAGGGAGGAUGUAAGCCUGGGUGGACCUCUGCCCUCUGUGAAAACAAAUGUGAGGAGAGGUGUGAGACAUGUCACCAGUUUGACAAAACCUGUCAGUUGUGUCAGCCCGGAUUUUAUGGAGUAGCAUGUCAACUUGAAUGUGGCAUGAACUGUAACCAAACACACUGUGACAUGUCGGGUCAGUGUGACAAAGGGUGUAUGAGCGGUUUCCGUGGUGUGUAUUGCAAUGAAACCUGUCCAUUUAACUGUUUAAGGUGCAGUCAAUUUCAAAACAUAUGUACAGUCUGUAAACCAGAAUACAAGGGCGACCAGUGUCAUGAGACCACCACUCCUAAAGUUGGCCACGCUACAGACGAGGGCGUACACAAACAGGCGAGCACCCUGACAGUAGUAUUUCUUUAUUCCGUAGCUCGUAUUAUUACAACCUGACACAUGUCAGCGAGUGUGUGAUUUUGGAGUUCAGGGUAGUAUUUCCGUCAAAUUAAUCCCUAUGUUUGAAACCCGGGACAGAUCAAAGAAGGCUGUCAACAUUGCCCCUCUCACUAGAUAACCGUAUGCAAGGGAGGCAGUUAACAGUGUGGACCCAAAGUAACGGAUAUCUAAGAUGGUUUACCACUCUGGUGAAGCACAAGACAUGGUGCGUUUAAACCAAGGAGGAGCGUGAAAAAGCUUCGAACGCACGAUCGAAAGAUUCCAGCUUGCCCUAGGAUCGAAUUCCACAGUGCAUUGCAUGAUGCAUGAUGCACGAACCAUUGUAGGAGUGGUUAAGAAGACGUGAAAGGUGGUCAACAUCUCAGAAGUAUGGAGGAUGUCUGUGUGAACAUGUCCGUUUCUCUACGUGGAGUCAAGCGAGUAUGUUUCUGGUGGUCAGUGCUUCAUUAAAUGACACUGCCGUGGUUCCAAGCGUUGCGAGUGUGUCAAGGCAAAAGUAAGGUGUAACUAUAGAUGACUCGACAGCCUCGACUGUUGCAAUAAAUAGACAUCAUGUCUUCUGUGUCUGUACCUGUGCAUGAACACGUUAGAUAUCAAGAGAUAAUUUAAGUGUCAAGCUAUAAAUAUAUAUAUAUAUAUUGUAUACACAUUAUGUAUUCUGUGUAUGGAGAUUCUGACAAGAGUUUAUUCCGACAGAAUAAAGAAUUUGACUUGCA